CAGAAGCAAGCCACAAGAGUGAAGUGUGAGAUAGAUGGAAGAGAUUCGAGAGGCUGCGUUAGCCUAUUACGAAGCUGGAACUCAAGAGCAGAAGCAAUUGGCAUGGGCAUUUUUCCAAACCUUGGAUGUUGAUGGAGACGGGACAGUGAGCAUCCAGGAGUUCGUCAACUUCCUCAGGGGCAGGGGCUACCGGUUGUUCGAUAAUCCCAGCUUUUACCGGGCAGUUGACCGUGACGGCAAUGGGUCUCUGGAUUUCUACGAAGUUCUCACCUUCUUCUAUAUAAUUAAAAGCGGUAGACCUUUCUGUGAUGGGUGUGGAAUUUUCUUGAAGGGUUUGUUUUUCACUUGCCUUAACUGCUAUGAAAGCGGCCAUAACACAUUCGAUCUUUGCUCUGCGUGUUACCGCGGCAAAAGGUUCAGUCACCAGCACGCAGCCAUUUUAGAUAACUACAGUUUGUUGACGCACAAGAGGAAGAUGACCAUGGCAGGACACGGACAAACAAAUAUGAGUCAGCCAACUUCUCGAGGGAGUUCCAGCUUGAAGCGAGGGAAGUCAAGUCAUGAGAAAGUGACGGUAGCAUUUGAGGCGCUUAACGCUGGAGUUGCCAUUGCCGAUGCUUGCAGCACUAUGUAGGCAUUUUAUGGUUGAAACAUCUGGUUAUAAUUAAGGAUCUGGUGACUUUCACCUACUCUAUGUACUUUAUUUUUUCUGCUGGAAACUGUACUAUUUGAUUAUGAAUAGUCAUGCAUAUUCUGCAUUUUUGCUGAAACUGUGGCUUGAAGUAAAAAGGCAAAUAGCCUGGUUUAUACCAA